CUAUAAUCAUAUUUCGUAAGAAACUUGCCGAGAAUUAGAGGGGUCCUUAUCCUAACUUUCUCUUACAAAAUURUACAGUUUUAUAAGAAAAAUGAUUUCAAGGUCGUCUAUCGGUAUGUUUAGAACAGCUUUAACUCUYCAAGAAUUAUCUCUACUUCAAAAUAUGCUGCGAAYUCGCCCAGUUACCAUCGCUGGCUGUCGUCUCGCSACUGUCUCAACAAACACAGAAAACUCAGGAAAGAGUGAUACGAAUGCRGAAAGUCAAUCAAGUACGGAAACUAGUGAGCUUAACGCUGUUUUACUUGARAAAGAUCAGUUAAUAGUCGAGAAGGACAAACUACUAAAAGAUCUUCAGGAUAAAUAUCAACGUUCACUAGCUGAAAACCAAAAUGUCAUCCAAAGAAGUCGUAAGCUUGUGGAAGACGCAAAGCUUUUUGGAAUUCAGAGUUUUUCAAAGGAUUUACUCGACGUGAAAGAUGUCCUAGAGAAAGCCACAGAGUCUGUGCCCAAAGAAGAACUUGAUAAAAAUUCACAUCUUAAGAACUUGUUYGAGGGGCUGRCUCUCACUGAYAUGCAGUUACAAAAAGUCUUUACUAAAAAUGGKUUGGAAAAAGUAGAUCCUAUGGGUGAGAAGUUUGAYCCACACUCGCACGAAGCUGUGUUUCAGAUCAGUGUACCYGACAAGGAGGAUGGCACAGUAGCUUUAGUCCAAAAAAUUGGUUAUAAGUUAAAUGGACGGACACURAGACCUGCUAUUGUUGGAGUCGUUAAGAAUUAAGUCAACAUCUAAACUAGUGGUCUUUGUAAAGCUUAAGUCAAAUCCAUGAAUGGUUGAUACUAAUAAAUUUCUUUAUUAAUUGUCCAUGGAUUUGAAAAGUAAUUUCAAACUCCAUUCUUGUAUUUCAUGUAAUGUUUCAAGGCAAAUAGCUAAGAUGUGAUGGGAUUUCAAAUGCCACAAAAUUAGGACGCUUUCCAUUUGUCAGAACUGGCUGGCCUGACCCAGAGAAUAUGUCAUUAUAUAUCAUUCCUAUUUAGUCGGGAAAUUCACAUUUUCAAAUKCUAUCCAAUAUUUUAUAGAAAACCUCGAAAUGACUGAAACAUGUUGACAAAAAGCAUAAUAUACGUACUUCUAAAUAGAGCGGACUGGCCGGCCAGUUCUACCUAAAUGGAAAGCAUCCUUAGUACAGUAGGAGGGCGGCCAAAUUGUAAACCUUUAAAUAACUYCAAAACUCAAUUAYUUGGAAGGGAUCAACACCAUAAUUACUUGCCGAUGYGUUAAUCUAAGAACCUAGGAAAACUGUUUCCUCCCAYAUGCCAUAUAAUUUCAAGAACUAUACUUCRGAUUYCAAGUACCAGCUUUUUGUAUAGUUUCUUGAGAUCCUACAUUGGCUGCUUAUUUUGUGAAUGAACAAUGAGUGUUUUGAGUAAAUUUUCAAGCACUUAGAAGUAAUAACAUUGAAUUUUCUUAUAAUUUGAAAAACUAAUCAAGCCUUUUAUUAUUUUUUGUUUUUACAUAUUGGGACAUACAUGUACUAAUUUAUUUGUAAUACUUGUGAUAAUUCAAUUCUAUUAUUUUAUUAUUAACAUUUCUGAUAAUUAUCAGAUACACAUAAUAUUAUUAUUGGCAAACAAAUCUUGUGUACAGAAACAUGUACAAUACUUCAUUAGUGUUAUAGUACAUUUUGAGGCUKUAAAGUGAUACUUGUACAUUGUAAUAUUGUUCAAAAUAAAGACAUAGUAUCAA